GUGCUGGCCUCAUAUACACCAAGUUUGAUGUAGAUUGUGUACCUUGAACCAGUUCCUCAAGAAACUACAAUCUUGCUUUUAAAAUGUUCAAAAUAGAGCAUGAAGGAUCAAUCAAGGAAAAUCAAAAUGAUUUGGAGAAGCCUGCAGACGAACAACAUGACUCAGCAAAGCCAGUGGAAGAACAAAAUCUUGGAGAGAAGCAAAGAGAAGAACAACAUCACACACUGUCAGAGGACAAACAAAAUCAUGCAGAUAAGCAAGAGGAAAAACAAGAUAAAGGAGAGAAGAAGCAAGAUGACGGCUUAUACAAAGUAGUUCAAGAGAAAUUUAGACUGGUUAAAAUGAAAUACGAUUGUAUUAAAGAAAAGUUUGAUGCCAUCAAACAAGAAUACGAUAAUGCAAAAAAGGAGUAUGACAUUGUUAGGGAGGAAAUGUUAAAAUUUGCACCAAAUCACUUUUUAGGUGAAAAUGCUGUAAAAGUCGAGUGUGAAGAUGAUGAUGGUUAUAUGGACUUUGUUAUUGAAGUAAAUGACAGCUCAAAAGAUGAUGAUGACGAUGAUGUAGUCCAAUUCAGUAACAUUAAGCAGGAGAUGGAUGACAGUUACACUGGUGACAAUAACAACAGCACUUUAAGCUCACAUGAUGAUGAUUCCCAUCUAGAUAUCAAGCCUGUCUUGUCAAAUAGAAACUUCCAUGGGAAGUGGGGUUUUCAAACUAAUGGAGGUAUCAAAACAGAGCAUCAGAUUGCUGCACCUGUUACAAAAUCUGAAAAGCUCCUAAAUGACCUGGGUCAUGGGCUGUUUCAGGUGAUUUCUCCUGGUCUUCAUGAUGAAUCUGAUGAUAGCAGUUUUCGUGUUGUUAAUGGGUGGAGUCUAAAGAAAUCUAAAAUUGGGAUUUCCCCCAAGGUGCCAAAAAAAAGAAAACGUUCUUCAAAAGCAAUAAUUGAGAAUUCUGAUCUUCAGAAUCAGGUCAUGUUUGAAACUCCACCCUAUAAUAGGAAAAGCGCCUAUAAGUGUGAUGUUUGUGGUGGUGUGUUUGCUGGGACGUACAACUAUAACAGACACAGAAGAAUACACACAGGAGAGAAGCCCUUCUCGUGUGAUCUUUGUGGCAAAGGAUUUGCCCGUAAAGACAAAUACACAAUCCAUUUUAAAGCUCACUGUAUAAAUGAAAACAGCGCACCUACAACCCCGACAGAAGCUCCUGUACAAGUGCUUCACGAAGAAGCUGAACAGCCUAAAGAUAACCCAGAGCCACCUCAGGAGAGCAUGGACAGCGAAACAAUUAAUUUCCUGGAAGCUGAUCAGCAGUCUAUUGAGCAACAGAUAGCGGAGUCUAAGAUGAUGUUUGAUUGUUCUGAGUGUGGUAAAAGGAUUAAAGGUCUUCCAAAUUAUACCCGCCACAGACUCAGGCAUGAGAAUAGGAAGCCUCAUGAGUGUGAAGUAUGUGGGAAGGUGUUUUUAAAACGCUACAGCUACAACCGGCAUAUGACGAUUCACUCUGGAUUAAAACCGUUUGAAUGUGAUAUAUGUGGUCAGGGGUUUUCGCGUAAUGACAAACUUAUUGCUCAUACUAGACAGCAUAAAAACCCAAGAAUUAUCGAUGGUGCUUCAUUCAAUUGUGAUAUUUGCGGCUUCCAGUUUAUGCACAGUUACACAUUAGCAAGACACAAAUUGUUACACGCGCCUGGUCAAAAUCCUUUCAAAUGUGAUAUGUGUGGCAUGCUUUUCAAUCUGGAGUCCAACCUUACUCGCCAUAAAGAGAGGAAGCACAGGGACGUCAAUCCUUAUAAGUGUACAGAAUGUGGUGCCAGCUUUUCUAAAAACAAGGAUCUAACCAGACACAAGCAGGCCCAUGUUUGUAAAAAGCCACACAAGUGUAAUCAGUGUGGGAAAGGAUUCGCAGAGAGGUACCAGCUGUCACUACACAGGAGGUCGCACAAUGCUUCCAAACACCACAAGUGUGAUGUGUGUGAUAAGACUUUCCAGGAGAGGUUAAUGCUUUUAAGGCAUGAGCGGGUACAUGAGGAGUUGCGCGAUACGAUGACUGCAAGGCCUUAUAAGUGUGACGAGUGUGGAAAAGGUUUCCCGGACCGUUCCAAGCUUGUCAGGCAUAAGAGAACACACUCGAUGCAGAGACCUCACACGUGUGAUGUUUGUGGCAAAGGUUUCCCUGUACAGUCGAAGCUGUUGAGACAUCAAGCCACACAUCUUGUGGAGAAGCCUCACAAAUGUGACAUUUGCGGAAAAGGGUUCAAUGAGAGAUUUCGUCUUAUGGGGCAUAUUGAUAGAGUUCACUAUGGUACACAAGUGUUUCAGUGUAAUAUUUGUGAGGAACCUUUCUUUGAAGAAGAAGAAUUCAUUAGCCAUAAAUUAAGUCAUUCUGCAUCGUUACCAGAGGUUGUUGAACAACCCAACUAAGUUCUGGGUUAUAUUACAGUGAGGUCUGAUUCUUGAUUGGCUAAUCACAUUUUGUUCUGAAAUUUGAAAUCAUUGUAGUUGUGAAAGUAGGCUUUGUUGAAACUAUAGUUUGUUAGGUUUUGUCUCUAAUGCUUCAAUUCAUUCCCAUUUAAUUUUUUUUUUUGGAGAAUUUAAUAUUUACUUAAUUGUGUAUGAAUGUUGUCACUCUUGUUUUGUUGUUUGUCAUGUUUUGAAAAUAUAUUUAUAGUGUAUUUGUUUUAUAAAUACCAAUAUUCUAAUUCCUAGUAUUUAUUAAAUGAUGGUAAAAGAUUACAGUAAGUUAAUCUAGCCUGUGUCACAAAAGAUUAUUCUAUUUCUAGCUAGAUUUAUAGCAUUUGCAUUAAUUGUAAGAUAGUUGCAUCAUAGAGAAAAUAUAUUUUUACACACAUUACCUUUAGUUUAAAAUUUGUAUAAGCUAAGUAUAGUAUUUUUUCAAUUACUUAAAUUACUAUUUAAGUUCUGUGUAAAAAAAACAACUUACUAUUGGACAGUCAUGUUAAAUAUACUGUUUUUUUUAUUACAGUUAUAUUUUAUGGUUUUAAAUUAUUUGAAUAAGUAAAACUCAGUUUUAUUAAGAGAAACAUUUAUAUUUAUUUAUUAUUUUUUAAGUGUCUAGAUCUAGCAGUCAAUAGUGUUGGCAGGAUUUUCUCAAGUGAAGGGAUGUUUAGUAUAAUUAUAUUGUGUUAGUGGGUCUGAGUAUGUGCAAUGGUGGCUGUUAACCAGUAACUUGUGGCCAACUAUAAAACCUGGUAUUUCAUUCAAAUAUUUUUUAGCAUGUCAUUUUGAUUUAAUGAUUGUUUAACCAAGUCUGAAAAUACAAGAAUACAAUGUGUACUAAAACAUAGUUUUAAUUACAUUGCUUAGCUACCAAGAUCUAUAGGCUUUUCUUGGCCAAUUCAUCUACACCAGCGGUUCUUAACCUCGGUUCAAUCGAACCCCAGUUGUCAUGUGAAACAGUCACAGGGGUUCAGUUCAGUGGAGGUCAAGACACACACCCAACUCUAUGAUUCACAAUCAGAUUUUGUCAGUGUGGACGAUAGAACUAUUAAGAAGGGUUUGCUAAG